CACCUACCCUCUCUCUCUCUCUCUCUCUCUCUCCCUUCGCCAAGAAGAGGAGAGAGAGAGGUUAGGUUCGCGGAGGCUACUCGGUGGUAGGAUGGCGGCGAUCAAGGGCCUGGGUAGGAAUAUUCCCUACUUGAGGCAACAGGCGGCUGCCUUGCUGGGCAACACUAGCACCAGCGUCAAGUUCAUCUGCGUGGUCGUGCUGUUUUCGUACUGCCUAUCCUAUUCCGAGGAAGCGGUGCGUAUCCUGAGCGUAACGCCAGGUUACCUGCUGCCGCCGGCCUUCUGGUUCUGGACUGCGUUCACCUUCUGUUUCCUCGAAAUACAUUUCUGGGAAGUGUGCGCGGACAUCGUCACCGUCGGCCUGUGCGGCAAACUGAUCGAGCCGCUCUGGGGCGCCGUGGAGAUGAUGACGUUCUUCGCGAUCGUCAAUUUCGGCGUCGCAGUUCUCUCGGCGCUCUUCUAUCUGUUCCUUUACAUGUGCACCAACAAUACGGAUCUGCUCUUUAACAUACACAUACACGGCUUGGCCGGCUAUAUCGCAGGUGUUUCAGUGGCAGUGAAGCAAAUAAUGCCAGAUCAUAUUUUAGUCAAAACACCUAUCGGAAAGAUUACCAAUAGAAAUAUACCUCUAAUGAUCUGGAUUCUGGGAUUGAUAUUGUGGCUUGUGGGACUACUAGAAGGCACUCACCCCACUAUGUUUUUCAGCGGAUUAUUGAUGUCUUGGGUAUACCUGAGAUUUUAUCAGAAACACAACAAUGGUACACGAGGAGACAUGGCGGAUAAUUUUACAUUUGCGAGCUUUUUCCCAAACGUCCUGCAACCACCGAUAGCGGUGGUGAGUAAUACAAUUCAUGGUUUCUUCGUGCGUAUCGGACUCUGCCGGAAAGUAGUCAGGAGGUUCGACAUGUCCAACACGCCGCCCGGUUUGGUUAUUAAUCUUCCCGGUAUAGAUCCUCACGAUAGCGAACGACGCAGGCAAAUAGCACUGAAAGCACUCAGCGAGAGGUUAGGCAAGGAUAAUGCGAAACCUUGGCAACAGGACAGAGCCAAGAAACACUCGCCAGUACCUCCUGCGGUCUCCAUACCAAUACCAGAGUCCACCACGCCCAAGCCGCUCGCAUCUCCACUUAUUCCGCAGGUUAACGUUAACAUUCACAGUCAUCCCGCUAGCACGUGAUCACGCAAGACUGAUUGAUUUCAAUAGGUUUUUAAACAAAUCGGAAAGCUUCUAAAGAAACACAAGUAUAUGAGAGGCAGGUUUGUGAUAUGGCUGUACUCAAUAAUGAGUCUGGAAAUUUCGAAAUUUGGUAUUUUUUUUUCAAUUGCAUAUCCGCAAAUGCAAAAGAAUCCACGUUGCGGUUGUGAUGAUUUGGUUUCGAUUCAAGUAUUGUUUUCUAUCAAGCAAGUCGACUGGACUCUAUAAUAUCAUUUCCGUGAAAAUUGAAAGUAUUGUGUCGUGAGUUGCAAUUCGAUCGAUUAAUACGUGUACCUGAUAUCAUCGCGUUCGUUCAGUAUCAGAACGCACCAUGCAUUUGUGACGGGAUUCUGAUUUCGUUGACGUACUUGUACUGCGUAAAUAUUCUCAUUAGGAAGUAGUAGAAUAUCGUAGCCAAUUGCGUACCUCGAGUUUUGAUAUAUAUUUUGACACCUGAAAUGGAAGAAACCCCGGUAUCACUAUAAACCGAUAAUUAUUGUUUAUAUAUAUAUAUAUAUAUAUAUAUAAAUAAUCUAAAAAAAGCUCAUAUAUAUAUGUGUGUGUGCUUUCUUUUAGACUUGUAUAGUCUUUGAUAUAAUUUCUACACCGAGAGAGUCGAUUGUAACUUUAUAGUCGAUGAAGUAUCGUAGAAAAAUUUUCCGAUUAGAAAAAUCGAUAUAUUGCCAUUUGAAGGAAGUUAAAUCACUCACGACAUAGUGAAAAGUGAUAAUUCCCUAUUUUGCGUAACGGGUUUUACUUUGAUAUGGUACUUAUCUUCUUGUAUUGCGUUAAUUAAACUCAUCUCCGCUGUCGUGUAGUUGCUUGCUCGAAUUUCACAGAAUACUCCUUAUUGAUUAUUAUGCCAUAUUAACGCCGAUUUAGAGAUGGUCUUUAGAAGAUUUUUGAGAACAUACGGAACAUGUAAGAUUAAUCUUUCCAUCUUGUGAUGAUACUUUCCAAAAAACAAAAGAGUGUUCUUUGUUACAUAAAGAUUAUUUAAAAUGUCAACGAGAAUGUGAUGCAAGGAUUUUAAUAUUUACAUGAGAAAGACGACCUCAUAGGUCAAGUAGCGUUAUACGAUUAGAGUCGCACUGUUUCAUCAAAAAGUCCGAUGACGAUUUAAUAAUAACGUGUAAUAAAUAGAUGCUUCCUGCGCAAACGUAAUCCGGUUAGGACAAAAUUAAGAUUCAAGAAAGUGAACGAAAUUUCAAUAUCUUACUUUAUAGUAAAUUUUGUACUAUUAAAAAAUGUACGAUAUCCUGUUAUUAACUUAUACGUAUAUGUUGAAAUCGACUGGUUGGUGAAACGAGUUCAACGUCCAACAUCUCAAUUUAGACAUGUAUAUUUUUUCAACUAAACGUGUUUGAAAUUAUAAUCAGCAUAAUUCAUUUUACGACAUUUAUUUAAUGUACUGCAGAAAUUCUAUUUUUCAUUGAAGUUUCUAACGUGGAGUUCUAUAUUAAUAUGUAUAG